AUGGAUGACAUUGCUAUUGUUGGUUUGGCACUGCGCUUCCCGGGCGAUGCAAAUUCCUCGCAAAGACUGUGGGAUGUGCUAGAGCGAAAGGAAUCGCAGUGGUCGGAGUUUCCUGAAGAUCGUUUCAAUAUUGAUGGCUACUAUCACCCAAACAGUCAGAGGUUGGGAAGUAUCUCAUUCAGGGGAGCGCAUUUCUUAAAGGACGAUGUCAGUGCAUUUGAUGCUACGUUCUUUUCGAUCCCAACAGAGGAAGCGAACGCAGUCGACCCCCAGCAGCGGAUGCUCCUUGAGAUUUCGUACGAAGCUCUCGAAAAUGCUGGCAUUCGAAAAGAAGAUAUUGAUGGUACCAAUGCUGCAGUGUACGUGGGAUCCUUUGUGAAAGACUACGAAUAUAUCAGCCUCCGUGACCCAAAUUGGACGCCACGAUAUGCCGCAACGGGAAACGGAACCGCAAUUAUGUCAAAUCGCAUAUCCUACUUCUUCAAUUUACACGGUCCUAGCAUGACUGUCGACACUGGCUGCAGCUCAAGCCUCGUUGCAGUUCAUCUAGCUGCGCAGAGCCUUCGAACAGGAGAGACAUCCCUAGCUCUGGCUGCUGGAACAGGCAUGAUAUUGACUCCAGAGACAAUGCUUCCGAUGACAGCGCUGAGCUUGCUAAGUCCAGACGGGAAAUGUUUCACAUUUGAUUCUCGAGCGAAUGGCUAUGGCCGAGGCGAAGGCGUUGGAGUUGUAGUCAUGAAGCGCCUGUCAGAUGCCAUCCGUGACAACGACACCAUCCACGCUGUCAUGCGGGCCAGUUCUGUAAAUCAAGACGGGCGCACCAAAGGUAUUACUUUUCCUAACGGAGAUGCUCAGCUUGCCAAUAUCCGUGCGGUCUACGCUUCGGCUGGCCUGGAUUUCAAUCAGACUGGCUACAUCGAGUGCCAUGGCACAGGAACGCAGGCAGGCGACUGUCAAGAACUCCAAGCCAUCUCCAAAACUAUUGCUUCUGUCCGCUCUGCCAACAAUCCGAUACUAGUCGGCUCGGUGAAGACGAAUAUCGGCCAUCUUGAAGGCGCAGCCGGCAUUGCGGGCUUGAUCAAGGGAAUCUUGACUUUGGAACGUGGUCGCAUACCUCCAAAUAUCAAUUUUGAAAAAGGAAAUCCUAAUAUCGACUUUGUAAAUUGGAAAGUCAAGGUCCCAUUAGAAAUGCUCGAUUGGCCUAUUCCUGGCAUUCGUCGUGUAAGCGUCAAUUCUUUUGGCUUUGGUGGUUCCAAUGCCCAUGUUAUCUUGGAUGAAGCUCCUGGCUAUUUCUUAGAGAAAAAGCUAACGGCAAACCACUCAUCUAUGGAUAUUACAUCCCUGGGGCACGAUAGAGAUUUGGACCAAAAACGGCAAGAAGUGCGACUGUUUUGUUACUCAGCAAGUGACAAACCAGGCGUGUCUCGUGUAAUGGAUUCACACCUCCCGACUCUUGAAUCGGUUCAACAAGACACUGAUAAAUACUUGCUCAACUACUCAUACACCCUCGGUUGUCGUCGAUCAAAUCUGGAAUGGAAAGGAUACAUUGUGGCUGCAUCUGUGGCUGAACUUGUAAACAAGAUGCGAGAUUUUGAUGCUACUUGUGCGACUCGUUCGUCGUUAAAGAAGCAGCCUAAGCUAGGCUUCGUUUUUUGCGGCCAGGGUGCCCAGUGGGCACAGAUGGGUAAAGAUCUUUUGCCAUUCAACGCAUACGCUACCAGUCUCCGGGAGGCGAGCUGUUUCAUACAGAUUGCCCUCGAUUCCCGAUUUGACCUUUUUAAAGAGAUAUUUAGAGGGGCAGAUAGCACACGUAUAUCUGAUCCUGAAAUCUCACAGCCUGCGACAACAGCUCUUCAGAUUGCGCUUGUAGAUCUACUUCGAUCUUUUGACGUCAAGCCCAGUUAUGUGUUUGGUCACUCUUCGGGCGAGAUUGCCGCCGCCUAUGCCUCUGGGGCUAUAUCAAGAUAUGACGCAUGGAAAAUUGCCUAUUACCGUGGACUUGCUGCGGCCAGCCUUCCGGCCAGAGCUCCGAAGCUCAUAGGACGCAUGAUGGUUGUUGGAAUGUCAGCUGAAGAAGCAUCAGCAUAUCUCGUCAAAGCUAAUAAGUCUGCGCAAGUUGCCUGCGUUAACAGUCCCCGAUCAGUUACAAUUUCUGGCCAAGCCGAUGCCAUCGAGUCUAUCGCGAGCGAAUUGCGCCAAAGGAACAUCUUCACCAAGGUCCUUAAUGUUUCAGUUGCUUACCAUUCCUCUCACAUGAAGAUUGUUGAGCACGAUUAUACUGACUCUCUCGAAGACAUUGUCGCUAACAAGUGUUUCGAGGGAGUCAAAAUGAUAUCUUCUGUUACUGGCAAACAGGUUAUGGGCAGUGAGCUAAAUGCUCGGUAUUGGGCAAAUAAUAUGAUCUCUCCUGUUCAAUACGUUUCAGCCGUUCAGUCGCUGAUAAGCGUCCCAGCAAAUGUCCGUCCAGAUGUAUUGAUAGAGCUUAGUCCCACUGCAGCCCUUCGAUCGCCCACAGCUGAUAUCCUCGCUACUAUUAGUGGUGCUUCGAACCUCAGCUACCACUCAGUUCUUGAACGAAAGCAAAACGGGAGCGUGACAGUGCUCAGCCUCCUUGGUUCUUUGUGGUCCAGAGGAUAUCCUGUUAACAUGAGAAACGUCGUUUCAAAGGGCUAUCAACAGACUUCUUUGAGGUGUCUCUCAUAUUUACCCUCAUACUCAUGGAACCACAGCAAGAAAUACUGGCAUGAGGCCGAACUGAGUCUUGAGAGCCGUAUGAGAGAGCACCCUCGAAUGGACCUUAUUGGAGCCAGGGUAAUAGAUUCUAUUGUGCCCUUUGAACCAAGGUGGCGCGGGUUCUUGCGUAUCUCGGAAAAUCCCUGGAUUCGAGACCACCAGGUGCAAAAGACAGUAGUCUACCCGGCUUCAGGCAUGAUCGCAAUGGUUUUGGAGGGGGCAAAGCAAUUGGCUCAGGAUACACAAAAUCUUUUGGGCUACGAGCUUAUAGAUAUGAAGAUUGAGAAAGCCUUGACUGUCCCCGAUACGGCCUAUGGGUUGGAAGUAUCUCUCAACAUCAAGGACGAUCCAACCAGUGUAGUCGGCAAUGGCAAGAUUGGUGGAAAGUCGUUCACAAUUUACUCCAGGCCCCAGGGUCGAUCCUGGGACCGACACGCCAGCGGAAGUUUGCGUUUUCACUACAAGGUUGGAAAUUGGCAGACUGUCUUUCAAUCCUAUGAAGAGCGUCAUAGUGACAUGAGCGACGUGUGCAAAGAAUCGGUGAUUCCACGCCAGCUUUACGAGCAUCUUGACUCCAUCGGAAUGAACUACGGGCCUCUAUUCCAGAAUAUUGUCGAAAUUCGCAGAAACGGCAAUCAGUGUGUGAGCAGGGUCAAAAUUCCGGAUACCAAAUCCAAGAUGCCUUGCAAGUUUGAGUAUCCACACCUUAUCCAUCCAACUACUUUGGACUCAAUGAUUCAUACUCUGUUGGCAGUCCAGUCGCUUCCAAUGGUCCCAGUUUUCAUCAAGAGCCUUCUUGUAACAGCAAACUUGGGCGAUCCGGAAUCCGGCAAAGACUUCACUGGCUAUUCUACAGCCAAUGUAACAGGCAUUCGAAACGCGGAAGCAACCAUUUUCAUGAAACAGACGCGGAGGGAUCAAUCUUACGUUGUCAUCGAAGGGCUACGUUUUAUCGCCCUAGAUAACCCAUCAGUUGGUGAAGGAGGCUUCCUAGCCACCAACCGUAACCUCUGCAGCGAGAUCACCUGGAACGAGGAUGCAACUUUUGCUCGUCCCAGGUCGUAUAUCGAGCAAGUUACUCUUAUGGCUCACAAAUACGCAGGAUUAUCAAUCCUUCAGAUAGGCGGUGGCUAUCAGCUGUCGCAGGCGACUCUCAAAGCCAUCAGUCCGGGCCAAGACGUGGCCCCUCAGCUUUUGAGAUACACAAUUGUUGAGGUAGAAGGAGAUGAUGCUGCGUCUCAGGUGCUUGCCUCUCUUGAAGAUACCCCGCUGCAAGGGUUCAUUGAGAAGAUAUCCGAUAUGUCAAGCAUCAGAAACGAUUACCAUUUGAUUGUGGCUUGCGACAAUACCAGGCUAGAUACCGAUACCUUGAAAGCGUACUUGAAAGAUGACGGCUUGCUCUUGACGCGAGAGUUUGUCGUGGAAGAAUCGCAUGAAAUGGGGACGUGUGAGGCCAGGCGUACAUUCGGCGGUGAAACAAUAGAACAUGACACGAGAGAUGAUAAAUUUCUGAUCCACCACAACGAGAGCAAAGGCGAGAUCAUCUUUGAGGCUUAUAGGAGUAACAAAUCACUCCCAUUAACAAGGCCUGUUGUCAUUCUCAUUCCACCAGAGAUGAGCUUGGAGGUAAAAAGUUUUACCGAUUCCAUCAGAGGCCUCGAAGAAGCUAAUGAGCUCUCUUUCGGUGUCUCUAUCACCACUCUCGGUAAAGCACUGGAGAAUCCAGCUACUCUCGCAGGCAAGGUGGUUAUCUCGCUGCUUGAACUUUCAAGCUCUUCUCAUUCUAAAGAUCACUCCAUAUUCAACUGGAAAAAAGAAGACUUUGACAAUUUUCAUUUGCUGCAGAUUCAUGCUAGGAGCAUGCUCUGGAUUACUCGGGGGGCUCAGAUGAGCUGCAAGAAUCCUCGCGGAUCGCCCAUUGUCGGGCUUGUCAGGACUCUCAUUUCUGAAGACUCCCUUAAAUCGUUGGCUACUUUUGACCUGGCAGAGGAAUCGAAGCUUGGUGAUGCCGCCGUUGUGAAGAGCGUAUUGCGCCUUCUUGAUGUAGCCUUUGACACCAGAUCGUCAUCCAUACAGGACACAGAGUUUGCCGAGAGUGACGGGAAAAUCUUUAUCCCUCGUCUCAUUACAGUUCGGCCUAUCAAUCGUGUCAUUGAGGAUGAGAUUUCGUCUUCGAGAUUCUCUCAAAGGCCCUUCGCCGCUGGCUCAAGACUUGAGCUUACAAUUAACAAUCCUAGCAUCGGCGAGGAUAGUUUGUUUUUCGCUGAGUCUGAGCUACAGUAUUUGAAAUCGGACGAGGUUGAGGUUGCUGUCAAAGAAAUGCCCCUGACUUUCGCGGAUUUCGAGAUCGCUCUUGGGAGAGCCAAAGAGUCGAUUAUAGGUCUAGACGUCAGGGGCCAUGUUACUCGAGUUGGCAGUAAGGUCAAAGGGUUGUCUGUAGGCGACAGUGUUGUUGCCCUGGCUCCUGACGGCGCGAUUCAGAACUUCUUGAGAGUCACUUCGCACUUCGUCAAACGUGUCGACACUGCUAUUAUCCCGAGCUUUCUUAUCAGCGCCUAUUUUGCCCUCGUUUACAUCGGAAGAAUUGAGAGAGGCCGCAAAGUAUUGAUUCAAGCCGGUGCCAGUGCCGUUGGGCUCGUUGCCGUCGAUUUAGCUGUUGCCAUUGGCGCUGAAGUCUUUGCUACCACUGUUGGCCCACACGUUGAGCGACAGCGAGAGAUUUUAGAACGACAUGGGGUACCGGAAGAUCAUGUCCUCGAAGUUGAUUCUGGAUUUUUUGUCGCUACUUUGCUAGGGGCUACUGAUGGCAAUGGUGUGGACUGCGUGUUUAAUCCCACCAUGGAAGCGUUUGACGCACAGUUUGACUGCGUUCGAAGAUGCGGCAGCAUUGUUCGACUCGCCAACAGUUCUAUGGCUCCUACUUCGAGUCAUAUGCCACCAACAUCAGUGACUGUUGUUAACUGGGAUCUGCGUCAAUUCCUCAAGGAAGACACAGCAUUUGUGGCAGAGCUUUUUGACCUGGCGACCCAGUUCGUUGAGAGCGUCAAUUACAAGCCUUCCUUGUCCACCGAGCUCAAGCAGUCAUUUGAUAUCGGUGCAAUGACAGAUAGUCUAUUGUAUCUUCAGCAGACGCCUUAUACUGGCUAUGUUUCGCUGACUGUGGCCGAAAACAACUCAAGCACCGUUUCUGUGUUGAAUCAAGAUGCGACGAAGUCUCUCCAAGAGUCUCUCGAUCCCGAAGGGACAUACGUAUUGGCAGGUGGUCUAGGAGGUCUUGGCAAGAGUAUAUCUAAACUGCUUGUAAGCAACGGUGCGAGGCACUUGGCAUUCCUUUCGAGAUCCGGUGCUUCGUCGGGUGCCUCAAAGGCGUUUGUUGAGAACCUUUGGCUAAAGGGAGUUGAUGCGCGAGCCUAUGCCGUGGAUAUCUGCGACGAAGCUUUUUUGAACGACUUUGUCAAAACAAUUCUUACUUCAGAGAUGCCGCCUAUCAAAGGUGUGCUUAUGUGCGCUGCUGUACUCAGGGAUUCAGUCUUUGACAACAUGACUUUUGAUGACUGGAAUGAGGCCAUCACGCCAAAGACACACGGCUCCUGGAAUCUAUAUCAUUCAAUGUCUGCUGCGGGACACGACCCCUUUUACAUCUUCCUCGCCAGCUCAUCCGGCGUUAUCGGCAACCGUGGCCAGGCCAACUAUGCCGCGGGUAACAGUUUCCAAGACUCAUUUGCAAGAUAUCUACGACAGCAAGGGAAACAUGCUGUGGCCAUUGACCUUGGCCCAGUCCUGGGAGCCGGGAUGCUGGCCGAAAACGAAGAAAUAUUGAAUACGUUGCGCUCCAAUGGUUUCUUUGGCAUCCAGCAUGAAGAUUUCCUCACGGUCGUCAAGCAUGCCAUUACGGGUGAGAUGGCGCCAGGAGUGCCUGUUCCUGCUCAGAUAACUGUGGCGGUUGGCACAGGAGGUAUUAAUGCGCAGAUUAACACCCCGGAUGCUUACUGGACUCGUACAGCGCUGUAUUCAUACCUCAAUUUGGUUGAUAUCCCUCCACCAAAUCUACACGAUGGCAACGGCGGAGCAAAUAGAGACAUGAAGUCUAUGCUCAAAACAGCUGCGAGCAUCGAAGAAGCAGCGUCUAUUAUCUGCGCCGGCAUAUCUGCCAUGCUGGGCAAGGCGAUGAACAUGCUGCCUUCUGAGAUUGAUAUGAAUCAGUCAUUGAAUGCGUAUGGUGUCGAUUCCCUCGUGGCCGUCACGUUUCGGAACUGGAUUUUGAAUACCUAUGGCGUGCAGCUGUCUGUGUUUGACAUUCUCGGUGAGGCGCCCAUGGUGGAAAUGGCGAAUACGAUUGCGGAAAAGGGAGGGUAUGGAGGAGUCAAGCCGGAGUGA